AUGAUAAAGGAAGACCUUAAAGAGAGAAGAACAGAAAUGCUGGCUGAAGCUGCAGAGGCGGGUAAAAGCAUCCCCUAUGCCCGUCGAGGCUUCGCCAGUCGCAAGGCAAGGAUGAGUGCUCUCCAGAACCCGAAGAGAACAAUCAUUGCAUCCAGAAGGGGAAUGGAGAAAAUCAUCUACGGCUUCUACUCUGAUCUCUUCGACAACCAUGUCCAUUUGCCACCUCACCAUCUGAGAGAAGAUGGACAUUCAUUCCAGAGGUUCUCCCGUCCGAAGUACGACAUGCUAUCAUGUAGGUAA